UCUUAUUGUUGCUACGUUUUUAGACUGAUUGUUUCAAGUCUGUCUGUUUCUGAGGUCAGCAGGCGCUGGGCCAUGGCAAAGCUACCCACUUUAUGUGCUCUCUCUUUCCCUCUCAACCUUCUACUUCAAGUCUGUACUGUACAUAUAAGCCUUUGUAUUUCUUUAGUUUCACUCAUACUUGUCUCUCCCACUCCAAUCUCCAUCACUGCUUAGUAUUUUCUUGGUUAUUUUGUUAGCUCUGAUAGAAACCCUUUUGCCCAAAAGGAGGAGGCCACUUCUUUGGGUAUUGCAGUACCAGUUCGAGGCUUUGAGCAUUGAGCAUGGGUUCAGGAGUUUGGUUUAAGAAUAUAAUCGGCAAAAAGAAGGUGAAGGGUGGGAAAUCCGGGAAAGUCAAGGUGGUAACACUGAACCACGUAAAUUUCUUGUGUCGUUUAUCUUUUCUGCAACACUACGUUCAUCACCUCCGCACGACCACCAACAAAUUGGCGCCGUCUGUGGGAACCAUGGCAGCCGCUAGGUUCAAUCUUGAGAAAUUCACUGGUGCGAAUGACUUUGGGUUAUGGAGAAUCAAGAUGCGAGCAAUCUUGAUCCAGCAAGGGUUAGCAGAUGCCCUAAUUGCAGAAGACAAGCCUGCAAAAGAAGAGGAGGGCGAUGAGAAAACUGAUGAGAAGCUCGUUGCAAAGAAGGAGGUGGCAGAGAAGGCGUAUAGCACACUGAUCUUGAGCCUCUUUGAUCGAGUCCUAAGGGAAGUCUCGAAGGAAACCACCGCUGCAGGCAAAUGGUCCAAACUUGAAGAUGGCUGCAAAGAGGAUCUCUGCUCUCUCAAAGGGUGUAUAGCAGUAGCCAGUGGUGCUUGUCUCGACAAUCAGGGCAGUGUUGGUCUCUCCAGAGAAUAUGUUGCUGCUAGAAAGAUUCAGACUGCAUACUGUGCACAUGCUGCACGGAAAAGUCUUCGUCAAAUGAGAGGAACUGUAAGGUUACAGAAGCUGGUGCAUGAUUCCAUUAAGAAUCAAGCCUCGGCUACAUUGAGUCACCUGCACUCGUGGACCAAGACGCAGGCCAAGAUCAGAGCACGUCAUGCUAAUAUUGUUAUGGAAGGCCGGCUUAAGCAGAAGAAGCUGGAGAAUCAGUUGAAGCUAGAAGCAAAGCUUCAUGACUUUGAGGUGGAGUGGAAUGGUGGUUCUGAAACAGUGAGUGAAGCUCUUGAAAAAAUACAUCAUAGAGAAGAGGCAGCAGUGAAAAGGGAGCGAGAUCUGGCAUAUGCCUUUACUCAUCAGUGGAGGGCCAACACAAUCCCAAGUUUCGGGUCAGGCAAUAAAGAACUCAGCAAAGAAAACUGGGGCUGGAGCUGGAUGGAUCGUUGGAUAGCUGCUCGGCCUUGGGAAAGGCGAGUUGAAGUGCUUAACAGCCCCCAUAAAACACAGCUGACCUCCCAGCCCCCAAAACUGAUCUCUCCUAACGGAAAGGCAGUUAAGAAAACCAUUUCCCGCCAAAUUGAUCUCUCCUAG